CGUUGCUAUGGUAACGACAGUUUACCUCCCAGUUGCGUUGCGACUAUCGGGUGUCCCGCUAGCAGCAGAUACUGUAAUAGGAAAUAUAGGACUAGGAAACCUUAGCUGACCUCACAAGAAACUGUCACAAUUUGAAAUAUAAGGACUAGAAGUUGCAAACACGACAUUUACGUCCAUGAGCAGGUUACAGUGUCUGGGAACAUCCUCCACCGGUUCACAGAAGCAGCCGGCAGUAGAGAUCACCCCUCCUCAUGCUGAGACCCACAAACCAAAUGAUCCGGUGGGGGGAAAGACAGUCACUGAUAAAACUUGCAGGAGUGUUCCUGCUCAUGCACCGCCUUGUUCUGUACAGGAUUCAGAGCCUGAGAAUAGAAAUGUGCUGAAUACAGAAGUGUGUGUUCCAAAAGAAUCCAUCAACAUAACACCAAGGGUUAAAGGGAAAGUCCACUUCACUGCAGUGCCUGAUAAACAGCUGAAAACAAAAGAGUCACCAGACUCAGUGGCAACAGGAGGACCGAUACAGGCUCCUCCACCAAUUGAACCUCUCCCCAUGCAUAAGGCAAAUAUGGAAGAUGAACAAGCAGAGGAAGAGGAUGAUGAAGACCGGAAGGCUCCAGUGGAGCUGUUAGUUGAGUUCCUCCAGGCUGUGAAGGACAGAGACUUGCAGCUGGCCAGCAAACAGUGUCAGAUGAUUCUCUUCUAUGAACCAGACCAUCCUGAGGCCUCACAGUUUCUCCCGCUGAUCCAGAAGAAGCUGUUGGAGGAGCAAGAAGCAGAGGAGAACACAGAGGAAGAAGAAGAUGGUGAUGCUGAUGAUUCUGAUGACUCUAGAAGUGAUGAGGAGUCCUCUCUGAGCUCAAGUGUAUGGUCUUCAUCUUGCUCCUCUUCUUCACUAGCUGGUGAGGAGGAAGAAGAAAGGUGGGUGAACAAACAAGAGCCAAGUCCUCCUUUUAACACUUCCUCCUAAAUCUGUUGCACCUAUCCAGCAGAAGCAAUGUCAGGUCCUGUCAACAGAGACCUCUGCUGAUCCAGCAUCUUGUUACUUUAUUUCAGUCUAGAAUAUUACUGCUGACCGUCACAGUCAUUGUGCAUUUUGUAGAUGUUGUGACAAACAUGUGUUUUGUCUUUUUUUCAUAUUUCACCUGCAAGUAAAAUUUUACUGUGGACAAA